AUCCGGUGAUUUUGCAAUUCUCCAUUCAGUUUAUCGUUUUGAUUCGCGGAAAGUGUUACUGCUGAAGUAGUUGGUGUUGAAAAAAUGUUCCGUUGGUGCUGUGGGAGUGCUACUUCUGAUUUUGCUUCAGAUUUUCAGCAAGAAUGCUUGGAUGCGCACAACCGAUUUCGAGCACAACAUCAGAACUGUCCACCGCUGUCGCUUAGUAAGGAACUGAGUCGUUAUGCUCAACAAUGGGCCAAGCACUUGGCUGGUACAGGCCGCCUGGAACAUCGACAAGUGCACACCUACGGCGAAAAUUUGUAUACAUGUUUUGGCAUGGAGGUUAAUGGCUCAACGCCAGUACAACGUUGGUACGACGAGAUACGCUACUAUGAUUUCUCCAAACCAAAUUAUAAGCCGGGAACAGGACAUUUCACACAAGUGGUGUGGCGGGAGAGUCGACAGUUGGGCGUGGGCAUUGCGACAAGAGGCGAUACUACGUAUGUUGUUUGUAAUUACAAUCCACCUGGUAAUAUUAUUGGCAGUUUUGAUAGUAUGGUGCCACCAAAGAAGUGAACGCAUCGCAAUCAGCGCUCAAAAUGUGAUAGAUUUUAAUAUAUGCGGGUAUUCUGAAAGUUUAAUUUACUUAUACAUAUAAAUAGGAGGGCGGCAGUAAAGGUGUAAAAGUAUGAGUGUAUUUUAAACGAAAAAAUUAAUAAUUUUCCAUCUAAAUUACAGUCAUACAAUUUUUUUUACUGCAACUCCUCGGAUAUAUAAAUAUUUUGUGACUUUUAAAAACAUAUUCCAAAGAGAUAUUUUUAAGUUGCAAUACUAGAAUAUUAGAAUUUACAAUGUACUUUUUUUACACGAAAUCUUUUGUAUAAAAUAUAAUGACACCAAAUUUGGCACUUUUUAUU